GUGCGCGCGUGCGCGUCCUGGCAGCCAUCUUAGCCGCGCGCUAUCCCCCGCGUCUGAGAUUUUGAUGGCAUUCCCAUGAAUAGCUUCAUUUUCUGCAGAGAGAUGACUAAUGAACGAUGCAUCAUGACAGAUGAAUAAUGCCUGCUGGUUAAAGAUUGACAAGAUGAGGCAAGACUCGCAUUACUACUUAAUCAAGAGGAAUUGAGGUUGACCUAUCCAUAAAUUCAAACCCUGUCUUGAAGAGACUUUGGGAACAAGAUGAUCAGGCAGAUUUUACCAACAGACUCACAGGAUGCCAGCCAUUUAUCUUUCUCUUGGUGAUCAUUCUCAAGACAUUUUCUGUCUUCAUGAGGCAAAAUCUGUUGAGGAAAGGAUGGUGGCUGGGUGGUCAACAAAUUAUUCUCAGGACUCAGUGACCUUUGAGGAUGUGGCUGUGCACUUCACCCAGGAGGAGUGGACUUUGUUGGAUCAAACUCAGAGGAACUUAUACAAAGAUGUGAUGCUGGAGAACUACAGGAAUCUAGUUGCAGUAGCAGGGCACCAGCUGUGCAGACCUGGUCUGAUUUUUCAGGUGGAACAAGGACAAGAGCUCAGGACAAUGGAGAAAGCUCUCCAAGAUUGGGAGAUUUGUAUUAAUACCAAAUGGUCAGCACCUCAGCAGAAUUUUUUGCAGGGGAAAACAUCCAAUGUGGUGGAAAUGGAGAGAAACCACGUUGGAGAGGAACUGUUUAACCAAUGUGAAAAAGCUUUGGGUGAACACGCAUGCCUUAAGACUGACAGGAACACUUACUUUAGAAAGAAAACUUGGUAUCAGCUCUGCAAACACAGUCUGAUCUCCAAGGUGGAUUACAGAGAGCUGAGGACAGAGGAAAGAGGAAUUCUCCAAGGUGCUUGUACAGACUGGGAAACUCAACUGAAAUUAAAAGAUGCAACUCCUAUGCAGGAUGUUCCUGGGGAAAAAACAUCCAACAGCAUAAAAAUGGCACGAACUCAACCUGGUGAGAAACCCCUGGAAUGUAAUAAUUCUGAGAAAUUCAGAAAGAACUCUCAGCUUUUUUGUACAAGAUAUUGCAAGGGAGAGACAUUCCAUAAAUACACAGAAUAUGGCAAAGUCUUUGGACAUCUCUCAAGUCUUAGUAGUCAUGUAAGUACUCAAAAUGAGGAGAAAAGUCUUGGAUUUAAUGAUUGUGGAAAAGCUUACAAUCAACAGUCAUCCCUUAGGAAACACUUAAGAAAGCUUACAGGAGACAAGGCUCAUGAGUGUGAUGAAUGUGGUAUGUCCUUCAGCCUACACUCAUCCUUUUCAGUAAAUGAGCAAAUACCUACUGGAGAGAAACUCAAUGAAUGCAGUGAUGAUGGAAAAAGGUCCUCCCUUAGUGUCUACAGAGAAAUACAUACCAAGAAGGAGAGCUUGGAACGUAAUGAACAUAGAAAAGCUUUCACUGACCUUUUGACCCUUCAGAAAUGUGUCAGAACUCACACUGGAGAGAAACCCUAUGAAUGUAGUGACUGUGGAAAAGCCUUCAUUUUUCAAUCUUCCAUUAAGAAACACAUGAGAUCUCACACUGGAGAGAAACCUUAUGAGUGUAAUCAUUGUGGAAAAUCCUUUAGUCAGAGCUCUCAUCUUAAUGUACACAAAAGAACUCACACUGGAGAAAAACCCUAUGACUGUAAGGUAUGUGGGAAGGCUUUCACCGUUCCUUCCUCCCUUCAGAAACAUGUGAGGACCCACACUGGAGAGAAACCCUAUGAAUGCAGUGACUGCGGAAAAGCCUUUAUUGAUCAGUCUUCCCUUAAGAAACACACACGCUCUCACACAGGAGAGAAACCUUACGAGUGUAAUCAGUGUGGAAAAUCAUUCAGCACGGGAUCUUAUCUUAUUGUACACAAGAGAACUCACACUGGAGAAAAAACCUAUAAGUGUGAAGAAUGUGGGAAGGCCUUUAGGAAUUCCUCUUGUCUGAAAGUACACAUGAGAACUCACACUGGAGAGAAACCUUAUAAAUGUAUUCAGUGUGAAAAAGCGUUUACCAGAAGCACUAACCUCAUAAUGCACAAGCGAAUACAUAUUGGGCAAAAACCCUAUGAAUGAAAUGACUAUGGGGAAAGUGUGUUGUCCUCAUGCCUCCUUCCUCAUUUUAGAACUCACACUGGAGAGAGAGCCCGUUGUGCCCAAUGUGGAAAAAGCCUUCUAGCACAACCCUUGACAUAUAAAUGUUAUGGUUCUGUGACUUUAUACCAGAAGGUGUUUCAUCCAUAAAAGUACCCUAACUUAUUAAUUUAUAAGUAUUAAAGAUUAUAUAUCACUAAAUUCUGCUUGACUUACAUCACAAAAGUUUUGAUAUGUAGUAGUAUUAUAAUUAAGUACUAAAUAUUGUCUAAUUCACAUCAAGAUGUGUUGGACCCACAAGUUAUCAUUUAGUUUACCUGCAUCAUGGAUAGAAUCCAUGGUCUUCAUGAUAUAGAUUCAAACAGAAAGUUGUUGGAGACUUGCUGUGUGGCACGCUGUGGCAGACAGAACUAAUUGUUGUUUCAACGUCCAUUCCUCCUUUCUUCCUUAAAGUAACAGACUUAGAGUUUUGUUCAAGUUGGCACUAUGGGCAGUUUUUUGUUUUUUUUUUUUUCUUUUUGGACAGUUUUUUUAAGCACACAUCUUCCAGCUUUCCUUGUAGCUCUGAGUGACCAGAUUUGUCCACAGUCCUGGCCAUGAGGAGUAGGCAGAGGUUACCAGAUGCAGCUUCUAAAGAAGCUCAUGGAAAUGGGAACAUUUCUUCUGGUAUUUUCUCUUCACUGUUUUGCCCUUUGAUCACUUCUUUCCUAGAAAAUACCUACACCAAGAGAAUGACAGUUAUAGGAUACUAAUGAUACAACAGGGGAGACACAAUGUUAUGUGGCUAUACCAACCCUGGACUGCUUAUUCGUGUUACAUGAGAAAAAUAAACUCCUAACUCAUUUAAACCACUCUUGUGAGAAGCUUCUCUUAUAACUAGUGCUAACUAUGAUAGCAAAUAUAUGGUCAAGUUUUAUGAAUCUUUCAAGUAUUGUUGAAAACAUUGUGUUUUCUAAUUGUUGGAUACAACGGGCUUUUUGGUGUAUCCAUUGGAUACAGCUUGUGUUUUUAAAAUCUGUACAUUUACAAACUUUAUCUCCUGAUCUGUCAUUUAUUGAGAAAGGUAUGUUAAAAUGCCACACUAUAACUGUGGGCUGUCAAAUUAUUUUUUUUUAAUUCUCUUAUUUUGAGGCAGUACAAUUGGAUGCAUAUAAGUGUACUCAUUUUAUAUGUUUCUAAUAAACUGUCCUUUUAUUCUUA